AUGCUCACUCGUGAUAGAUCUAAAACAAAGGUUCUAGCAGAUGAAAUUGGCGCAUGGCAUCUUGAUAUCAGUAUAGAUGGUGUUAUUUCUGCACUUCUGACGCUGUUUCAAGCAGUGACAGGAAAACGACCACGAUAUAAGAUAGAUGGAGGAUCUAAUGCUGAGAACUUAGGUCUGCAAAACAUUCAAGCACGAAUCCGAAUGGUGCUGGCUUUUAUGUUUGCAUCACUUCUACCUUGGGUUCAUAACAAACCUGGGUUUUAUCUUGUUCUGGGUAGUUCCAAUGUGGAUGAAGGAUCGGAGAGGGUAUACCCAACAACAACUUGACGAGGUCCGCAUUGAAGUAGCCGACUACUUACAGACUCUGCUGUAGGUUCUGACCAGUUUCUUGAUUUUGAGUUAGGCUAGCUUUUAAUUAACUUUUUUGUAGCAAUUAUGAACAAACAUGAAUACUAAUUGCUAGGCUAGCCUUGUAGUAGGUGAAUUGGGGUUUUAUUUUGCCCAUUUUGUAAACUGUUAAGGAUGAUGAUUUCAGAUAUAAUACUCCAAUAUUCAAAUCACUCUUGUCAACUAUUGAAAUUGCAAUUUAUAACAGCAGCUACAUAUUUUGUGGACAUCA